CGCGUCGUCGACGCGCGCGGUUUCGACGGUCCCCCCCCCCCGACGGUCGCCAUGGGGUGCUGUUGCAAAGAGAAAAUCGACGAGGACAUGACCGGCGAGGAAUAUAUGGAGAAAAACCGCCGCUGCACGGACGUUUUAUUCACCCUCAUCUUCCUCGCGUUCUGGGUCGGCAUGGUCUACGCCGGCGCCUACGGCUUCUCCAAGGGCGACCCCCGCAUCCUCGUCUACGGCACGGACUACCAGGGCAACCUCUGCGGCAAGGGCGCGCUGGAGGACUUCAAGGUGCGGUACUUCGUGAACCCGUACGAGGUGCUCGAGGCGGGCAACACCGCCGGCGCGAACAUCAAGGACGCCAAAUCGAUCUGUCUCAAGGCGUGCCCAGCCGCGUCGUCGACGCUGUCGUGGGUGUGCAACUACCCGGACUCCCUCGACUCGCGCGGCCUGAACGCCAUCACGUCCACGACGACGUCGUACGAUCAGUGGGCGGCGAUGAACUACGACUACUACUCCUCCAUCACCACCGGGUCGCACCAGGCGAACUCGCGCGUGUACAAGGGGCCGUGCUACCCGGUGUUGCUGCCGACGACGGAAUCCUACGGCACGUGCAGUUACUACGCGAAGCAGACGUCGGGGGCGAAGACGGCGUUCGCGUCGCUGCUGUCGACAAACUCGCAGAGCACGCCGGAGUCGUACGACCUGGACGACAAGGUGACGGCGCUGUCCGACGCCGUCGCGGAGAUGCUCUCCACGCCCGCGAGCGUGAUGGAGCGGUACAUCGAAGAUUUCGCCAAGGCGUGGGUCGUCUGCCUCGUCUGCGGCUUCUUCGCGCCCGUCGUGCUGUCCUUCGUGUGGCUCGGCAUCAUGCGCUACCUCGCCGGGUUCUUCGCGUACUUCGUCAUCGCGUUCGUGAACAUCUUCGCCAUCCUGUGCACGCUGUGGCUGUACAUGAAGGCGGGGGUGAUCGGCAACGACGCGAUCGCGGCGUCGGACGAGGACGGCGGCUCGUCGUACACGGACCCCUCCGAGGACAAUCAGGAGGUGCUCACGUACGCCGCGUACGCGUGCACGGCGCUCACCGUGAUCCUGCUGCUCUUCACGCUGCUCAUGCUGAAGCGCGUGCGCAUCGCGGUGGCGGUGAUCAAGGUUGCGACGCAGUGCAUCGCCGCCGCGCCGAUGACGAUCGUGUUCCCGCUCAUCCCGGUGUUCGUCGCGCUCGCGCUCUUCGCGUACUGGGUCGCCGCCGCGGUGUACAUGUACAGCGCGGGAGACAUCGAGCAGCAGAGUUGCACGCUGACCGCGGGCGCGCAGCCGCAGCGGUACUGCGCCGACUCCGCGGACGCGAAGAACUGUCACUGCGGCUACGAGACGAAGAUGACGAAGGAUCUGCAGUACAUGCUCCUGUACCACCUGUUCGGACUCCUGUGGACGACGCAGUGGCUGCAGGCGCUGACGUACCUCACGAUCGCGUACGUGUUCGCGCUGUUCUACUUCCGCGGCGGGUCCUUCUCCGAGGGAAUGCGGGGAUGUUGCUCGAGCCCGGUGUUUCAGUCGUUUAAAAAGAUGACGUGGUUCCACAACGGCAGCGCGUGCUUCGGAUCGCUGCUCGUCGCCAUCCUGCAGUUCAUCCGCAUCAUCGUCGCGUACGUCGUGCACAAGAUGAAGAAGGCUGGGAACGACAGCUGCUGCAUCAAGUACGCGGCGUGCUGCCUGCAGUACUGCCUGUGGUACCUCCAGAAGGUUCUCGAGUGGAUCAACAAGAACGCGUACAUUUUAAUCGCGAUCGAGGGCAAGUCCUUUUGCUUCUCCGCGUGGGAAGCCAUCUCGCUCAUCAUGUCCAACAUCCUGACCGUCGGCGCGGUGAACAUCGUCGGCGACGUGCUUCUCUUCCUGGGCAAGCUCGGCGUCGCGCUGACGUCCGGUUUUUUCGCGUUCAUGUACCUGGACACGGACGAGUACACGGAGGGGGAUAAUCGCGUUUCGUCGCCGCUGCUCAUCGUCGUCUUCGUCAUCAUCUUCGCGUUCAUCCUCGCCGGGUUGUUCAUGUCCGUCGUCGAGAUGGGCAUCGACGCGACGUUGCUGUCGUUCUGCAAGGACUGCAAGAUUCACGGCGGGAAGCCCAAGUUCGCGCCGCCGUUGCUCGCGGAGGUGCUCGGCAAGUACGAGAGUAAGCAGAAGGCGCGAAACGCGGCGAAUCGACAGUGAGGCGUGCGCGGUUGAGGGGAGGAAGAGAGAGCGAGGGCGAGAAGGCACGCGUUUGACGCGCGCGCGCCGCGUUCGCGUACAUAUACGACUACUAAUUUAACGCGAGAUGUAUGCAUGUAUUUA